AUGCCUCAGAGGUACGAGAACGUUGAAUUUUCCGAAGACGGUGCGGUUGGCAACUUGAAACUGGAUCGGAAAGGUUUUGCUUUCUUACCCAAUGGAGGAGAUGAGACAGAGGAUCUGCGAGAAUGCAAGUGGGACAAAAUUGUGGAAUACGCCGCCUGUGGCAGUAGUGCAAGUUCAACAGAGCACAAGUUGCGCCUGGUUCUGCGCAAGGUAUCCAAGAGCAAGGGCACCGAAAAGAAAAAAGAGAUCCUUCUCGCCUUUGAGAGUCACGACGACUUGUACAAGGUCGAAAAAGACAUUUGCGGCUACAUGCGGCGCAACAGUAUUCUGCAAGACGACUCGUUGUCGGGCAGUUUGCCGUUCCAUCUGGAUCGUCGAUCCAGCCACAACAGCACCAGCCCGUUCGAUCUGUCCUUUUCCUCGACGACAUCGACCAUACCGGUAUCACCAUCCGCAUCCAGGAGAAUGAGCAACGAUUUCCUACGGUCGAGCUCUUCUUUGCCGCCGGUGUCACCCUUUUCGGAUACUUCGUCCCAUUCGGCGGCGCUUGACGACCAACCGCUGCCGGCGGCGGAAAAAGCACUCUACCAAAGCGUGACAGUCGGAGGAAAGGAGGGGAGUUUGGACAUGUCACAAGACGGUCUUUUAUUCUACAAAAAGGGCAAAACAAAAAGCAGGAACAAACCCAAACAGAUUCCCUUCUCUGCAAUUCAAAAGCUGCAAGUCAACACCACAGCGCCCAAGUUGAAACUUACCUUUAAAGAUGAAGAGGAUGCGGUUUUGUUCGCCUUUUCCGGACGAGAGGACAUGGAGGAGGUGAAGAAAGAGAUCGAGUCUCAUAUACACUUAGAAUCGAAAAAGACGGAUCCAUUACGUCCUACUAGUAUGGCGGAUCCAAAGCAGAGCGACCCACCGCAACCUUCUACAAAUGAUGGUCAGAUUCAAAAAGCAGAUGACAAAGAAUCCGCUAUUGCACAUGGUUUGGAGAGAGGGCAAGCAUGGAGGUUGCAGAGGGAAGCGUCUAUUGAAGAAUCGAAAGAUCUACAAGAGCGAACGGAGGAUAUUCGAAGUCGGCCUGAAAUGUGGAGCAUCACCUACGAGCAGCUCCUGCAAUUGGCCGAGGAUGUCAAAUUGAAAUUUGGUAAGUUCAAAUACAAACGAGCCACCAUGAGAGACGUGAACCGAAAGAUCCUCGAGCCACAUUGUAUAAAGACGGGGACAUCGUAUGCCCUUAGUUUGAACCCGGAAGGGCUGUUGGUGGAUGCCUUUAUCACUCACGCCUGGGAUGAAAAAUUCGCUGACUUCGUGGAGGUAAGAGUGUUUUCUUGGUAUCAGCAGAAAAUAUGCGCACUUUCUCACUUAUUUAUCCCUCUUCGUCCUCUCGGCAGUCUAUUCGUCUCUGUUUCCAUUCCACCCUAG